AGGGAGGCGGCGGCACAAUGGCAGGGGCUGAGCUCACAGCGGGGCCAUGGCCCGUAGCCGUCGCUCCUGCUGCCCCCGAGCGGGGCUGACAGCCGCCCGCGGAGCCUUGGGCAGUGGAGGUGGGACCCCGAGGUAGCAGCCCCCGGAUCAGCUCCGGCUCCUGCCGCUGUCAGAGCCCAGGCCCGCCCGGCAGCCGAUGGAGGCGCUUAAAUCCCCCUGUUCCCAAGGAAUGGCCGUUGUUGCUGCACCUCAUUAGUGCCCCCGUCCCUUCGCUGGCACGGCUGCCUCCCUGCGCAGCGGUUCUGCCUAUCCCUGUGACCCUUCUGCCGGGGGGCGGCCACAGCAGCAAGGGUCGAGGUCAAACAGCAACUGGCCCGUUUUAAAACUAACAAACGCGACGGGCUUGAGCCCCCACCCAGAAUUGUUGGGAUCACACAGUACUUGCCACCUUCCCCAAAGCACUGAGGUCGUAUAGAAAACAAAUCUUUAUUAAGAGAAAAAGAAAAGUGUAUUGGUGUAAAUGAGACAAAACUAUCCUGCUUUGCCGACAAGAAAACCACCCCAACAAGAGGCAUAGAGCAUUUUGUGGCAAAUUUAGAUUGACAAAGUAUCAAUGUAGACACUCCGCUUGGUUAUGUUAUCGUAAAUGGCUCCCAGGAGGUGUCCCACAAUGCCCAACCUGACUGCUCUGGUCAGCAGUUUGAACUCUGCUGCCCUGCAUCCAGGCAGACAGACAUCUGCCCCUCCCUCUUUAAAGGACAGGGAAUUUUUGAAAUUCCACUUUCUGUUUGCUUGGUGUGGACAGCUAACAUUGCAUCUUUCCAGCUGACCAUGGCAGCUCCACGCAGCAAAAGCUCUCCCGCCUGGAGCACACCAGAGUUGUUCAAUCUGCUGGGUCUGUAGGGAGAGGAGACUGUGCAGUCCCAGCUCCACUCCAGCUGUAGGAACUUUGAUACUUAUGGUCAGAUUUCUUAUGGCAUGAUGGAUAAGGGCUACAAACAGGAUAUGAAUCAGUGUUGUGCGAAGAUCAAGGAGCUGAGGCAGGUGUACCAGAAGGCAGAGGAGUUAAACAAUUGGUCUGGUGCUGUGCCAAAGAGCUGCCGUUUCUAUUAGGACCUGGACACCAUCCAUCCUCGGUGGCAACCCGAUCCUACCUCCAUCGCCAAGAGCCCCAUGAAUACUUCAGCAGGGCUGGAGAUAGCGGCCAGUGGACUCAACCCCAAGGACGAAGUUGUGGAAGAAGAAGUAGGUUGCAGGAUGAGAUGGGACAGACAACUGGUUCAUCUGGUACUGUGAUGAGCCAGGAUUUCUUCUCAAUGGCAGAGGGUUCAAGCCAGUCCUAGUGCUCUGUCUGUGACGCGCAUGAUGCAGAAAAGGGGACCUCUGGAUUUGAUAUUCAAUGGCUGGAAAUCUAGAUAUCAAGUGGCCGAAAUGAAUAUGAACCCUAUCUUAGAGGAGAUUCUGAUUAAAAGAUCACAACAGAAGAAAAGGACUUCUCCCUUAAAUUACAAAGAAAGGCUUUUCGUGCUUACGGAAUCAAUGUUGACAUACUAUGAAGGUCGAGCAGAGAAAAAAUACAGAAAGGGAUCUGUUGAUAUUGCAAAAAUCAAGUGUGUUGAAAUUGUGAAGAACGAUGGUGCCAUUAUUCCCUGUCAAAAUAAAUAUCCAUUUCAGAUUGUAUAUGAUGCUAAUACACUUUACAUUUUUGCGCCCAGUGCACACAGCAGGGAUCAAUGGGUGAGGAAUCUUAAAGAAGAAAUAAAGAAAAAUAGUAAUAUAAUGGUAAAGUAUCAUCCUAAAUUCUGGACAGAAGGAAUUUAUCAAUGUUGCAGACAAACAGAAAAAUUAGCACCUGGCUGUGAAAAAUACAAUCUUUUUGAAAACAGCAUAAGGAAAUCACCUUCUCCAAUACCAGAUAAAAAUAAGCGAAGGCCUCCACCACCUGUUCCCCCAGCUGAGGAAGAUGAAGAUGAAGAUGAGGAAAUAGUAGUAGCAAUGUAUGAUUUUCAGCCCACAGAGUCUCAUGAUUUGAGACUAGAGAGAGGUGAAGAAUAUACAAUAAUUGAAAAAAAUGACAUUCAUUGGUGGAAAGCAAGAGAUAAAUAUGGAAGCACAGGAUAUAUUCCAAGCAACUAUGUAACAGGAAAGAAGUCCAACAACCUUGAUCAGUAUGAGUGGUAUUGCAGAAAUCUGAACAGAAGUAAGGCAGAACAACUUCUCAGAGAUGAGGAUAAAGAAGGUGGUUUUGUGGUGAGGGACUCUAGUCAGCCGGGUCUGUAUACGGUAUCCCUUUAUACAAAAUAUGGAGGAGAAGGUUCAUCAGGAAUAAGACACUACCAUAUAAAAGAAACAAUGACGUCACCAAAGCAGUACUAUCUAGCAGAAAAACAUCUUUUUAACACCAUUCCAGAGAUAAUUGAGUAUCAUAAACAUAAUGCAGCAGGUCUUGUUACACGGUUGCGAUACCCAGUGACGCCAAAGAAGAAGCCUGCACCAACUACUGCAGGGUUCAGCUAUGAGAAAUGGGAAAUUAAUCCAUCAGAGUUGACCUUCAUGAGAGAAUUGGGGAGUGGUCUCUUUGGAGUGGUGCGUCUUGGCAAAUGGAGGGCACAAUAUAAAGUGGCCAUCAAAGCAAUCCGAGAAGGUGCAAUGUAUGAGGAGGACUUCAUAGAAGAAGCUAAAGUAAUGAUGAAGCUAACCCAUCCUAAAUUAGUUCAGCUGUAUGGGGUCUGUACACAGCAAAAGCCUAUUUACAUAGUGACAGAGUUCAUGGAACAUGGGUGCCUUCUGAAUUACCUUCGACAAAAACGUGGACACUUUAAUAAAGAUACCCUGCUGACAAUGUGCCAGGAUGUAUGUGAAGGGAUGGAGUACUUGGAGAGAAACAGCUUUAUCCACAGAGAUCUGGCUGCCAGAAACUGUUUAGUGAAUGAGUCAGGAGUGGUGAAAGUGUCUGAUUUUGGAAUGACAAGGUACGUUCUUGAUGACCAGUACACAAGCUCUUCAGGUGCUAAAUUUCCUGUAAAGUGGUGUCCCCCAGAGGUUUUUAAUUAUAGCCGAUUCAGCAGCAAAUCAGAUGUCUGGUCAUUUGGUGUUCUAAUGUGGGAAGUAUUUACUGAGGGUAAAAUGCCCUUUGAGAAAAAUACAAAUUAUGAAGUGGUAACUAUGGUUAGCCAAGGACAGCGUCUCUAUCGGCCAAAAUUAGCUACCAAGAAUGUGUAUGAAGUGAUGGUGAUGUGCUGGCAUGAGAAACCUGAGGGACGCCCUACAUUUGAAGAUUUGCUGCGUAUAAUUGAUGAGAUAGUGGAGAGUGAAGAUGCUUUCUGAAGAAGAGGAGCGGAGGCACAAGAAUUCUAUAGUACAGCAAAGAAUCAACAUUCAAGAGACAUGGCAUUAUUCUUUAAGAGCAUGAUCCUGCAAACUUCUGAGUGUUGCUGAAUAAAGUGUGGAGAGCCUAAGCAUUAACACUUAGCAUUUCCUCAGCAGUCGUGGAGAAAGUUCCACAUAAUAUAAAGAAACAUGCACAAUAUAUUCACCAACAUGGGCUGCCCGUGUCUGCAUUCGGAGAGGCUAGUCCCCUGCCGCCUGCCCUUUUUGCCUGAGGCCCUGCCCCCAUCCAAUGCCUCGCUCUCACCAACCAGUCUUCCAGCGUAGCCCUGAACUCUGGCUGGUGCCCGGAACAGCCCCGAGCCUGGGCUGGCCUGCUAGCACCCGGAGCAGUCUGGAGGAACCCUGAACCCUGGCUGGCCGGUCAGGGCCAAGCCCUGAGCCCGGGCCUCCCAGAGGAGCUCUGAGCCCUGCCACAGCCCAGUCCUGGGGCUGCAGCAGGGAGCAUUAGCAGAGGAUUAGGGGAGCUUAGCCUCCCCCAGCCUCCAUUACACACUGCCCAUGUCUGUGCCCUCUCUGAAGAGUUACCAUGGGGUUAGUGAAAAAUCGGGAUUGAUGAAUGGAGCAAAUUAUAGGAUAUGGCAAAAAUACAAACACUUAAGUGCAAACCAGUAAAUGCAAAUGACGUAUAUAGUGUCCAUGUUUAUGAGUUUCAUUUACUGUUGCUGCCAGUUAGUAGUAGGAGCUGCUUGUAUACUUAAGAGCUUUGCUUAAAAACUAAAAGCAAGGUAAUUUUGUGAGGGCCACCUUCUCCCAUAGGAAUGCUUCCAGAGGUUCUCCUGAAAUAUUAUUUCUCACAGCCUGUUGAUUGAUGCUUUAUGCCAGUGAUGGGCAACCUGCGGGCCGUGCUGACUGCCACCUCCCACAGCUCCCAUUGGCCGGAAUGGCAAACCUCGGCCACUGGAAGCUGCGGGUGGACGUGCAAAUGUAAACAAACUGUCUGGCGGUCCACCAGCGGAUUAUCCUGAUGGGCCACAUGCGGCCCAUAGGCCACAGGUUGCCACCACUGCUUUAUGCCAUAUACUGGGGCCAAUAUUCUUGCUAUGCCAUUAGUCUGUUUUACCCACUCCACUCAGCUUACUUCUCUCAUCUGGGUGUAACAAAGGACCAUGGUCAACAGCCUAGACCAGUGGCUCAAAUGCAGGACUCAAAGCCCUCACUGUAGGAUUGAGCCCUAAUUUAUUUUAUGCCAGGAAGUGUUUCUUGGGAAUUUUUCACCCAGAGAGCAUCUGGGGCCAGUCAUAGCGAUAAACAGCAUGCACAAUACAUGACAGCUGACUUUCAAUGGACUAUAGACAUUGAUUUUGAUUAACAAUUAACUAAUUUAUAUACCAUAUGUACUGUAAAUGUAUACUGUACACAUUUAUUUAUAUGAAAUGUAAGUGUUCUGUUCCUGAAAAUGUUAAAGAACAACAAGUUACUCUGUAUUAUAUGUUACACAUACAAUGUGGCAUAUGGCAUCUGUGGAUGAAAGAAAAUGUACUAUGAAUUCUGUUAAAAUGGCAGAUUUUCUGUCAUUCUGUCCCUGGACAUUUGUGAAAUAAGCUUUAUAGUCUUAAUAGCAAAUGUCAUACUACAGUAUGUGUAUAAUAAACCAAAUGUUAAUUGUUUGGAAACUUUAA